AUGUCGCAGGAGACUCUGCGCGCUGGUCCAUUGUCCGACGAUGCGACUCACUCUUCCUCUGAUGACCGCAGUAUGAUUGAUGACUUGACGCCCGGCAAUCGUCAAUCGGCUCGUCGGCCGCCGCUGCGCGCGCGGCCACAGUCAUGGCAUCCAUACGGGCCGGUUGAACCACCAUUGGAAGCUUCAUUGGCACGACCCAUCGGUGUCCAUGCUAUUUUGAACCAUCCAGCACAGGGCACGCCAGACCUAGAGAGCAGUUCUGUUCGUGAGAAGUUAACUCGGCCGGGACUAUCAUCUUCGCCUAGACCACGGCAGGGUUCGUCUCCAGCACCUCGCUCGGGGUAUCCGCUUUCUCAACAGCCAUUGUCCCCGAGAUCUCUUCCGCGGUCUCUAAUAAACCCGGGUUCACCCUCUGCACGGUUCGUCGGCAGCAGUGGGAGGACAUCCGGCCAGUCGAGCGUGGCUCAUUCUCCGCUGGUUCCUCAUGAACCACCUCUGGGUCCGCGCCAACCACCUGUCAGCUCACCUCUCCCACUUGAUACUACACUUCGGCCUAUUGCAUCACUACCGGGCACGCAGCCUCCAACCUCUGCAUCCAUACACUCAACGCCGAGCAUCCACUCAAGACGUACCAGCACCGGCCCAGGGCUACUUACGAAUCCGAACUCGCAGGAAACAAGUCCAUCCACACCGCAUUCGACAUUUAGCCAUUACGGCCGAGCUUCACCAGCCGUCGCAAAUGUAUCCAUCCCACCUAGCGCAUACCCAGCACCAGCGCCUUACAUGACAGUCGAGUCGUUGAAUCGGGGAAUUCCAGCCACGGCCGGCCCACGCAGCGUCCCAGAAGAUAUGACCGGGGGAGCGGGGAUGAUACCAUGCGUGCUGGAUCUGAAAUCCGGUUCCUCAACACAAGCAGAGAAACGCAAGGCCAACAGCGAUGCGUCACGGCGAUUUCGCAACCGCAAGCGCAACGAGAUGCAGCUCGAGCAGCGACUCAGUGCGCAACAGGAUGAGAUCCAGCGCCAUGCGGAGACUAUCCGGCGCCAGAGCGAGGAGAUCCAUUUCCUCGCUCUGCAGAGAGAUCAUUACCGGUCUGAACGGAACUUCUUCCGUGAUACACUUGAUCGCUCGGGGACUGCGAUCUAUCCGAAGCCGAGGCCUCCUUCUCCACGACCUUCGCAGUCGAGUCUAGUCCCGGUGUUAGAUACGCCUACUUCGGGGACUGCACAGAGUUCUGCGGCGGGGUCGGGUCAGGCAGCGUCGAGUCGGGUGGUGGACUCGGCGAGACCACCGGCUAGUUGGUCUGGGGCUGGUAGCCCGGCCUCCUACUCCCCUGUGCCAUCGGCAGGACGGAGUUUGCCGCCCCAUCCAGGCUCGCAGCCAGUAGCUGGUGUGUCUCUGCCACCGUUUCAAGGAUCUUGGUCACGAUCAUGA